AUGGCAGUGGGGAACGGCGACGGCGCUGGCGCCGAGGCCGCCGCAUGCACGGUCGAGAAGACCGAGGGCCACGGUGAAGACGUCGGGAGUCAGGUGGCGCGCCAGACUGGCAUCGUCGACGCGUUCCCCCGCAACUCGGUUAUGGAUGUCUCAGGGCGUGGCGCCGAGGCGCUCGGUGACGAGAUGGAGGCGAGGAUGGUUGCAAUCGCUCGAGUCUGCCAGUCUGGAGCGCCCAGCGCUGCAGCCCCAGCAGGGGCGCCGCCACCGACUGAGCUCGCGCCCGAGCUCCUCCCCAGUGCUUGGAGCAGCUUGGAGAAGGCGGUGCACGACGAGAUCGAAAAGGGCGGCCACUUCGACAUGCGUGGGACCGUCGGCCAAGUGUGGUCGAAGGCCAAGGCAGGGGACAAGCAGCUCGAAGCGGACUACAAGGCGGUCGGGAAAUCAUACAGCGCCCAGCGAGAGUUUCGCAAGAAGUGGUUAGCUCUGAAAGCCGAGCAGCUUCGCGAGGAGAGGAUGACCACCGAGAAGCACAGCACGACGGACCUGACCAUCGGCACAUACGAGCCUGUCGCAGUUGUUGCAGACAAGGAGAAGAGCGUCAGGGCGGCUGCGGUCUACGCGUGGAAGUGUUGCCUCUUCUUCUCACAGGGCAAGACGCUCGGUGGCAAGCCCUUCGUGAAGUGGAACGACAUGACCGAGCGGUACGAGGUGCUGUACAUCAAGACGCAGUUCAAGGAGAAGUUCGAGAGGGCGUGGAAGACGGUCAAGGUCGAGAAGGAGGCCACUGGUGCCGGCGCCUCGACUAAGAGGGGCAACCCCGAUUCAGCGGCUCGGCCGCCAGCCACUGGCAAGAGUACCAAGAGGGUGCGCAAGGACACGACUCCCGACGCCGACGCCACGCCUGGUGACGAGGAUGCGGAGAAGAAGGAGCUCGCGGCGAACCUGGCGAAGGCCAAACAGCUCAAGGCUAAGAUGAUGGCCACGUCGGCAUCGGCUACUGACUUGCUGGAUAUCGUACGUAAACACACGUCUUGGUCGUGGGCGAACAACCCUGUUACGCUGAAGGAGAUCACAGAUGCCCAGGCCGAAGUGGAGCGCUUGAAAAAAGCAUCGAACUUCUGGACCGAGUGGGUCCUUCAGGAAGACUUCAACAAAUACGCGAAGAAAAAUGUAUCGACUGCCACGUGGAGGCAUGAGUUCGCGAAGCUAGACGAGGUCACAGCUGCGGUCGAUAAUUCCGACGCUGCGGUGAGCGACCUCAAGAAAAUGAACUCAGCCAGGAAGCGCUGA